AUGCCUCCUGAUAAUGGGCGUCCUUAUGCGACUAAGAUAUGUCACAUCUGCAAUCGUUCCUUUGUGCGGGGCGAGCAUUUACGGCGCCACCUGAGAACUCAUACCAAAGAGAAGCCCUACAGGUGCCACUGCGGUCAAUCCUUUGCUAGGCGAGAUCUACUCACCAGACAUGAGCGGCUCUACCACCCCGCCGCUACCAACACGUUGAUAGCAACUCCAGCAUUAACGCUAAACACAAAUCUCGAUUCGAGCCCAUUAAGUUCUUGGCCUCUCAGUAAAGAUGGCACGGAUAGUGGAAUUUUUGACGUUGCUCAGACCGUACAGGAUACCUCUGGUCAGCAGAGUUCUUUGCUCACCAAUGAGGCGCAGAAGCCCGGGGAGCCAUGCGACACAGAUUUACUAGAUCCUCCUUCGCCUAUGGAAGCUAUGCUUGAUAUAUCCGACUUUUUCGACUCUGUGGGGCUUGACUUCGAAUACGGAUUUGAUUUCUUCGGCCCUAGCACUACUGAUCCUGCAACACAUAGCGGUUCAACCGGGUUUAUGUCUACGUCGGAUGACGUUCCAACCGAGACAACAAGCCAAGCGAGCCACGAAGAACAUGGUGUAACUUCAAGCACUGGCAGCCUCCUCCCAGAGGAGCUGUGCAAAUGCAUUCCCGAUACAGAAACUGGAGAAGACGACUUCAGUGAGCUGAAACCCAUAUCUCAGCCUUGGAAAGUGAUUGAAUCGCAGCGGAAAUAUUUCCUCGACUGUCUUUCCCCAUACUCUGGUCAACUUGAAUCCUUCAAGUUGCCUUCACGGCUCUCAUUGUCACGAUACAUCGCCGGCUACGUUGACGGCUACAGCAACCACCACCCUUUCAUCCACAUGUCCACGUUUUGCAUUACGAGGUACCGCGAAUCACCCGAGCUCGUUCUGGCAUUGAUGGCCGUCGGCGCACAGUUUCGCUAUGAAUCGCGAAACGGCAUUGCACUCUACCGGGCGGCUAGGGCAAUCAUUCACCACCGUCUUAAAUCCGGCCAAUUUUCCCAUCAGCCAGCAGCUCUCGGCGAUCCUGGAGUCUCGGAUACAGAAAAUCCUUCUUCGGCCAUAGCCCAUCAAUCGUCCUCUGCGCGUAUGGAUAGCAUCAAGGCUAUUUUGUUGCUCGCUACAUUUGCGGCUUGGCAGGAAGACCGAUGCUUUGUUCGGGAAUCUCUUGAGUAUCAAGGCCUGCUGGCGAGAUGCGUCCGAGAAAGUGGAUUGACAGAGAAGCAACCUAACGAUGGUGACGACUGGCAUGAGUGGGCAAGAAUCGAAUCCGACCGCCGCGUAAAACUGUCAGCGUUUUGCUUCUUAAAUCUCCAAAGCCUUGUCUUCAACGUCCCGCCGGUCUUGUUGGGCAAUGAGAUACAGCUGCGGUUGCCAGUGACUUGCAAUGAGUGGCUGGCACCUGGUUCUGCCAAAUGGCGCCAAGCACGUUCCCAAGCGGUACCAGUAACGUCUUUCCAGGAAGCCUUUGUCGCGUUGAUUCAACCGGAUCCUGGGAAGAUCUUAGCUACUUCUCCGUUCGGCAAUUUUGUACUUAUGCAUGCGCUUUUACAACGCCUCGUUGUUUCCAGACAGCUUUGCCUGGAUCCCCAGGGACCAGGGCUGUCAUCCCAUGAAGUUGCAAAAUUUGAGCAGUCGCUGCAUCGGUGGCGGGAGCAAUGGUGCAGGGCUCCAGAGUCUGUCUUGGACAUCAAAAACACCAAGGGGUCUUUGUCUUGGACAGCUACAUCCCUGUUGGGACUGGCUCAUAUUCGGUUGUACUUCGACCUUGGGAGUCAGAGACAAAUAUAUUCUGGGAACCCUCACUCCAUCGCCCUCGCCGCAUUCAAGGCCCGGCCUCCGGAGCGGGGGCCGAGGCUUGUAUUUGCCCUCCUGCACGCAGUCCAUGCGUUGAACAUCCCAGUCCAGCUCGGUAUUGAGUAUCUAUCCAAUUGUCAGGCAUUCUUCUGGAGCUUGCAGCACAGUUUCUGUUCCUUCGAAGCGGCCAUCUUUCUCAGCAAGUGGCUGUUUGUGCUUGCCGACGGUCAUAGUACUAAUAGUCUUCACUUCAAAGAACGACAAAUAAUAAGGUGGAUGGGAUUUGUCGUCAACGAAGCUAUUACUUCAGUAGAUGGCGUACAUGAAGACGAGUUCCAAAACCCCGAUAGCCCCAUCACGGUGGAUUCGUUACGAUUCCUUGGGAGAAUGGUAAUCAAACUGUUCGCCCAGAUGUUCGAAAAAUGCAACAGUGCAUGGCCGAUCAUGAGAAUAAUCGGCCAAAGCCUACAUGAGUACUCCAAGCUGUUGGAGGGAAGUCAUGAGCGAGAAAGUUCUGGUGGUCCAGCAAGCAGUGCAGUAAGCGUUGCUGCGGGCUAG